CCCCGGCCCGCGCCCCAGCCCCGGGGCCGGACGCCCCCCCAGGCCGCGCACACUCACCUAGGACCCGGCCGGGAUGCCGAGCUCUGUCGAAGAUGCACUGGACACCGGAACACGCCCAGCCCCUCAACCAGUGGCCAGAGCAGCACCUGGACGUCUCCUCCACCACCCCGUCGCCGGCCCACAAGUUGGAGUUGCCCCCCGGGGGUCGCCAGCGCUGCCACUAUGCUUGGGCACACGACGACAUCUCUGCCCUCACUGCCUCCAACCUCCUCAAGCGCUACGCAGAGAAGUACUCGGGGGUCCUGGACUCGCCUUACGAGCGCCCCACCCUGGGCGGCUACGGCGACGCCGCCUUCCUCAACGGCGCCAAGGGGGACCCCGAGCCCUGGCCGGGGCCGGAGACCCCCUACCCCUUGGCCUCGCUCCACGAGGGCCUCCCGGGAACCAAGUCGGGCACUGGGGGCGGCUCCGGGGGCCUCGGGGGUUCCCCGGUUUUAGCCGGUAACCUACCUGAACCCCUCUACGCCGGCAACGCGUGCGGGGGCCCGUCGGCAGCGCCCGAGUACGCGGCGGGCUACGGCGGGGGGUACCUGGCGCCCGGUUACUGUACGCAGACCGGCGCCGCGCUGCCCCCGCCUCCCCCGGCCGCGCUCCUGCAGCCCCCGCCCCCGCCGGGCUAUGGCCCCUCUGGGCCUCUGUACAACUACCCAGCGGGAGGCUACGCCGCGCAGCCGGGCUAUGGGACCCUCCCGCCGCCGCCCGCCCCGCCCCCGGCCCCCUACCUAACCUCGGGCUUGGCGGCGCCCACGCCCCUGCCCACACCCGCCCCGUCCCGCCCACCGCCCUCCUCCUACGGCUUCCAGGGGGCCUCGGAGGCCGGAGUGUCGCUGAAGCGCAAGGCGGCCGACGAAGGCGCCGAGGGCCGCUACCGCAAGUACGCCUUCGAGCCCGCCAAGGCCCCGGCGGCCGACGGCGCCUCCUACCCCGCCGCGGACAACGGCGAGUGUCGGGGCAACGGGUUCCGGGCGAAGCCGCCGGGAGCGGCGGAGGAGGCAUCAGGCAAGUACGGUGGCGGCGUUCCCCUCAAGGUCCUGGGCUCCCCCGUCUACGGCCCGCAACUCGAGCCCUUUGAGAAGUUUCCGGAGCGAUCCCCGGCGCCGGCUCCCCGCGGGGGCUUCGCGGUGCCGUCCGGGGAGCCUCCCAAAGGUGUGGACCCGGGGGCCCUGGAGCUGGUGACCAGCAAGAUGGUGGACUGCGGGCCGCCGGUGCAGUGGGCGGACGUAGCGGGCCAGGGCGCGCUCAAGGCGGCGCUGGAGGAGGAGCUGGUGUGGCCCCUGCUGAGGCCGCCCGCCUACCCCGGCAGCCCGCGCCCGCCGCGGACCGUGCUGCUCUUUGGGCCGCGGGGCGCCGGCAAAGCGCUGCUGGGCCGCUGCCUCGCCACGCAGCUGGGCGCCACGCUGCUGCGCCUGCGCGGAGCCACGCUGGCCGCGCCGGGCUCCGCCGAGGGCACGCGCCUCCUCCAGGCCGCCUUCGCGGCUGCGCGCUGCCGCCCGCCCGCGGUGCUCCUUAUCAGCGAGCUGGACGCGCUGCUGUCAGCUCGGGAGGACGGCACGAGCGCCGCAGGCGCGCUGCAGGCGCCGCUCCUGGCCUGUCUGGACGGCGGCUGCGGCGCGGGAGCCGACGGCGUGCUGGUCGUGGGCACCACCUCGCGGCCCGCGGCCCUGGACGAGGCGACUCGCCGGCGCUUCGCUCUCCGCUUCUACGUGACGCUGCCCGACGGCCCGGCCCGCGGGCAGAUCCUGCAGCGGGCGCUGGCCCAGCAGGGCUGCGCGCUGAGCGAGCGGGAGCUGGCGGCCCUGGUGCAGGGCACCCAGGGCUUCUCCGGGGGCGAGUUGGGGCAGCUGUGCCAGCAGGCGGCGGCCGGGGCGGGCCUCCCGGGGCUGCAGCGCCCCCUCUCCUACAAGGACUUGGAGGCGGCGCUGGCCAAGGUGGGCCCUAGGGCCUCGCCCAAGGAGCUGGACUCGUUCGUGGAGUGGGACAAAAUGUACGGCUUCGGACACUGAAGGCGCUCCGUGAGGCCGCGGGAGCCGCCGCCCCCCUCCCCGGCCCUCUGUUCGCGGAGUGAGGGAUAUGGGGUGGGGGAGAGAAGGGGGCUGCCUUCUCUCUGUGGAUGUUUUUGUUUCGUGGGAAGGAAGAUG